AAUGGAGGAGACGUGAGGAUGGAAGUGAACACUAAGGAAGAAAAGCCAGUCACAUCUAAAAGUGAUAAAACAGGAUUUCAUGUUGUGAAUGAAGAAGAAGAAGAAGAAAGACUUCCACUCAUUUCAGUUCAAGAAGAGAACAAUGUGAACACAACAGGAGAAAAGAGUGAACCUAAAGAUGAAAUUGUGACAGAACCAGUGCCAGUAAAAGACAUCGUCUCUGCAGCAGGAGAAAGUGAAAUGAAGGAAACAGAUCUACCUGUGAUUCUAAAAGAAGAAGAAACAAACCAAGAGCAGGAACAGGGACGAUGGAGACGAGAGUGAAGAGGAGACAAUGAAAACAGUUAGAGACGAUUCUGGACUUUCAAUGGUACAACUAAAACACAUCAAUACUGAUCAGAAGCUGGAGAGGGAAGAGACACAGCAAGAGGCAGCGAGUAAAGUCGAUGGGAAAGAGACAAAAACUGAGAAGGAGAGACCAAAGAAAAAGAAAAAGGAGGCUCUGGAUCAACAGUACAGAAGAAGCAAAAAUAGAAAGGAAUCAAACUGAAGUCAGAAAGAGAGAGUAGCAAAGAGAUGCUUCAGUCAGAGAUAAAGAAAGGAGAAAACAAAGAUGAAACUGAGCUCAAACAACAAGAAGUAAAUGGUGACCAAUGUCUCUUCAAAGAUGAUAAACAGGAGAGGAGGAAGGCAGAACCUGAAGAUAAAACAGAAAUAAACAAAGAGGGGAACCAGUUGAACAUUACUACAAUGACAGAAGAGGAAGCAGAGAAGCAAAAGAAGCAAAGCAGUGAGGAUGUGAAAAAGACAGAAGAAAAGAAGGAUGAGUGGGGGAACAAGGUGUCAGCUAAUAUGGAAGGUACAGAGAGGUCAGACCCUGAAAAACAUCAAGAUGAAACAGGAAGAAAGAACCAAGAGGUUUUAGCAGACAAAGACCUUCAGACAGAGAAACACCAGGGAGAAAAAUCUGAACCAGAUCAGGACGAAACCAAAUACCAGCCAGCAGAAUCAAAAGAGGGUGUAGGGGUUGAGAUUAAACAAAGACAAGAAGAGAGGCAGGAAGCUGGUCUACAAGAGGACAAUGAUACAACUCAAAGGAAGUCUGUGGAGAUACUAAACCAAAUUAGAGGAGUAGAAGAAGAAAAGCAGGCAGAGCAACAACUGGAUGUAAAGGUAAAAGUCAGAGAGCAAAGAGAGGAAUCUAAAGAGGGGGUAAUGGUGGAGGAUAAUGGAAGAGGGGAGGAGAGUUUAGAGACUGACAGAAAAGCUUCUGUUGAUGAAACCCAAAGGAAGGCCGAGGGGAAAGAAAACCAAAGAAGAGAAGAAGCAGUCAGACAAGAAGCUCAGACAACAGCUAAAGGAAUGACAGAGGAGAUAAAAGUAGAGUGGACAGACGGAGAGAAACAGGAGUCUGUAACUGAUAAAGAAGCUGACACAGAUGAAACCCAAAAGAAGCACAAGAAGAUAACAUCAGAAUCCAAAGGAGGAGAACAACAGCUGAUGCUGCAACAUUCAGACAUGAAUAAAGAAAUGAGAGAGAGAGGAGUGGAGGGUCAGGAGGACCUGCAGCAGGAGGAGGACAUGGAGACUUAUCAACCUCAACCAAAUGUCAUACAAAGUAUUGAACCACUAAAUACACCAUUUCAAUUUAAAUCAGCUACAGAGGGGCAGAAUAAGGAGGCUUUUGGUAGAGGACAGAAAGAGGUGCAGCCCCAAAACAUCAACACUGAUCAGAAGAUGGAGAAGGAAGAGACACGGAAUUCAGGACCAGCCUCUUUUAGAAGACAGGAAACAGGAGAGGAUUCAGACAGAACCUGAGGAUAGAGAAGAAAUAAACCAAGAGGGGAACCAGUUGAACAUUACUACAAUGACAGAAGAGGAAGCAGAGAAGCAAAAGAAGCAAAGCAGUGAGGAUGUGAAAAAGACAGAAGAAAAGAAGGAUGAGUGGGGGAACAAGGUGUCAGCUAAUAUGAAAGGUACAGAGAGGUCAGACCCUGAAAAACAUCAAGAUGAAACAGGAAGAAAGAACCAAGAGGUUUUAGCAGACAAAGACCUUCAGACAGAGAAACACCAGGGAGAAAAAUCUGAACCAGAUCAGGACGAAACCAAAUACCAGCCAGCAGAAUCAAAAGAGGGUGUAGGGGUUGAGAUUAAACAAAGACAAGAAGAGAGGCAGGAAGCUGGUCUACAAGAGGACAAUGAUACAACUCAAAGGAAGUCUGUGGAGAUACUAAACCAAAUUAGAGGAGUAGAAGAAGAAAAGCAGGCAGAGCAACAACUGGAUGUAAAGGUAAAAGUCAGAGAGCAAAGAGAGGAAUCUAAAGAGGGGGUAAUGGUGGAGGAUAAUGGAAGAGGGGAGGAGAGUUUAGAGACUGACAGAAAAGCUUCUGUUGAUGAAACCCAAAGGAAGGCUGAG